CCGGAUCUAAGCGUCUCAGAAGUUGGAUAGCAACCACUACAGAACGCAACAGGCGUCAAGUUUUUAGAGCCGCGUAAAUAAUCAGUAAUUCGAGCAAAAUUGCCCUUCAAUAAUUCGAACUUCUACCAGUUUGGAAGAUAAGACCUGUGGGAAUGUCGAAGAAGAAGAAGAUGGAGUUAAACGCCGAAGGCUUCACCGUAAAGUCCACUUUGAGGAACGCAGUGGUGCCGGGUCCCCCAGCUGCCGGGGCUUUUCGUGAAUGCCCAGCCAAACCAGGCAGGUUCCGCAAAAGCUACCAACGUGGCGAGCUUCCGAUUGCAGUGAAACAUGAUAACAGUGGCAACAGUAUUGCAUGGAAGGUGGACAUCGAGACACUAGACUACCACCACUUCCUGCCACUGUUCUUUGAUGGUUUAACUGAGACUGCUUUUCCGUACGAGCUCUUCGCCCGCCAGGGAAUCCGUGAUAUGCUGGACCGUGGAGGCCACAAGAUCCUGACUGUCAUUCCCCAGCUCAUCAUACCCAUCAGGAAUGCCCUGAACACAAGGAACCAUCAGGUGAUGUGCACCACCAUGAAGAUCAUGCAGCAUCUGGUGAUGUCUGCAGACGGUGUGGGAGAAGCUCUGGUGCCCUACUACAGGCAGAUCCUUGUUGUUUUUAACCUCUUCAAGAACAAGAGAAAAAAUCUUGGCGAUGGCAUCGACUAUGGCCAGUGGAAGAAAGAGGAUAUCGGUGAACUGAUCGAUGAGACUCUCCAGAUCUUUGAGCGCUGUGGAGGACAGUAUGCCUAUGCAAACAUCAAAUAUAUGAUACCCACCUAUCAGUCCUGCCUGAAGAACUGAGGGAGGGGCUAUGAGCUAUAUCCACUUCUUUAAGAUUUGCUUUAUCAAGUUACAGCAGCAUAUUUAAAGUUCUGUUGUUCUGGUCUCAUUUCUUUAGCAAUUUAUUUAGACAACUGAUGAGAAGUCCUCGGUGCAUACUGACGUUUGUUUCAAAGCCUCUUUUAAAAUGUAUGAAUACAUUAAAAAUU